AUGAAAAGGAGGGCAAAAGCCGACCCGCGCGACGCUGCAGACAAAGCCAGAUUUCUAGCAGUGAUCAAGGAAUACGAGCGCUACAAGAAGGAGCACCCAGACACGUCUUUGCCUCCUCAAGCAAAGCGCAACCGCUCACAAGAGGUGAGCGAGAGCGCUCCAAAGAGAGCCAAGGACGCUAAGGGAGCACCGAGGCCGACCACCUUCGUCAAACCGGCGAAAAAGUUCAGCGAGGUGACCAGAGACAGCCUCGCAAUGGCACUUAUAAACGAGCUCAACGACGAUGGGCGCCUUCUGAUGGAGAAAUGGGAGGAGGUCGAGACCCAGUUGGCGGAGAUGGUAACCGACAAAUUACUGUCCGAGCCAACGGGCCAGUCACCCUCCUUUGACUCCUCAGACAUGGUUAGGGGGCACCGGGUAAUCAGGUGCGACGACGAGUUUUCGCGGGACUUCCUGGCGGAUUGCGUUGCCAGACUAAGCAAAGCAUGGAAGGGGAUUAGCAUAAAGCUAGUCCCCGCCAAGGACAUCCCAAGGAGACCCAGAGCUCGCACCUGGUUGCCCAAGGGGCUGUCUAGCCAUGAAAGGGUGCUCAAGACUCAGCGAGCAAUGAAUAAGGGAGUCCACAUGGAGGACUGGGCCAUUCUCAGAGCUGACCGAGAAAUGAAGUCCAGCCAGCCAUAUCUGUUCUUAAUUAACAAGCGCUGCCUAGAACAGCUGAAGGCAGCAGACAACAAGGUCCGGUACGGCAUCAGGAAAGCCAAGGUGAAGGUCUUCCUAGACGAACCGGACGACAUCCGGGAAGAUGAAGUAGAGGACGUCAAUAAGCUGCUGGACGAUUUGGCGAUCGACGACAGCACCGCCAAAACCACCCCGAUCUAA